GACAAAAUAACACUUACAUAACUUCACUCUUCAUGCAACAUAUUCAACAACUGUGUACUCAAACACAAGUACACAACAAUGCAUCCAUUCCAUCUAAUUCUUCCCCUCUUUCUCCACUUAUUUCAUCUUCAAGCUCUGCUAAUCUCAGACACACAAUCCUUAUUAGCAUUCAAAUCAUCUUCAGACACUUCAGACAGGCUCAUUACAUGGACUAAUGCAACUGAUCCGUGCUCAUGGUACGGCAUCACUUGUCUGCAUAACCGAGUUUCACGUCUGGUUCUCGAAAACCUCGAGCUCACGGGGACUUUUAGGCCUCUUGUGUCGCUAACUCGGCUCCGCGUCUUGAGCUUGAAGCAUAAUAAUCUUUCAGGCUCUUUACCUGAUAUGUCUGUAUUUGUUACGCUGAGACUUGUGUUUUUGUCGCAUAAUAAUUUUUCGGGGGAGUUUCCGGUGUUUUUGUCGAGGCUGUAUCGACUUGAUUUGUCGUAUAAUAAUUUUUCGGGUCACGUUCGGGCUAAUGUGAGUUAUCUCGCUCACAUUCUUACUCUUCGUCUCGAAAAUAAUCAAUUCUCCGGUAAAAUACCGGAGAUUAAUUUGAUAAAUCUUCGGGAUUUUAAUGUUUCGGGAAAUAAAUUGAGCGGUGAAAUACCGGGAUCGCUUUCGGGUUUUCCAGCAAGUGCAUUUUAUGGUAACAUGUUUCUGUGUGGAGCUCCGCUGCAGGAAUGUAGAAAUGACCCGACCCGACCCGGAGGUGUUGCGUCGCAGUCAAGUAAACCAGCUAGCAUUGCAUCUUCUCCGGAAAAAGAAUUGCCGAUUUCAUCGGGAGAUAUUAAGCGCAGAGGCAGUAGCAAAAUUAGUACUCUUGAAAUAGUCGCAAUUGUGAUCGGUGAUUUUUUGGGGUUAAUUAUGUUUUCAGUGCUCUUGUACUGUUAUUUCCGGAGGAAAUCAGGAGAAAAUGAUGAUUCGGGUCCGGGUCCGGGUACUGAGGCGGUUCGGAUAAGUAAAGACAAGAAUGUAGUGACAGGUCAGCCCGGGUUUGAGGGAGGAAGAAUGGUCUUUUUUGAGGGGGCUAAGAAGUUUGAGCUGGAAGAGCUCUUGAGGGCAUCCGCGGAAAUGUUGGGGAAAGGAGGGUUCGGGGUGGCCUAUAAGGCGGUGCUGGAUGAUGGCGAUGUGGUGGCUGUGAAGCGGUUGAAGGAGCAUGGGAGUAACGCGAGUGGAAAGAAAGAUUUUGAGCAACAAAUGGAGGUUUUGGGGAGCUUGAGGCAUCAGAAUUUGGUGGGCUUGAAGGCUUAUUAUGUUGCCAGAGAUGAGAAGUUGCUGGUUUAUGACUACAUGCCUAAUGGGAACUUGUUUUGGCUUCUUCACGGUAACCGAGGACCAGGACGGAUCCCUCUAGAUUGGACCACGCGGCUGAAAAUUGCAGCAGGAGCUGCCAGGGGGCUAGUGUUCCUUCACAACUCGUCCAGGUCCCAUAAACUCAUCCAUGGUAACAUAAAAUCAACCAAUAUCCUACUCGACAAGUCUGGAAAUGCCUGUGUUUCGGAUUUUGGCCUCUCCUCUUUCACACCCUCCGCUUCUGUGGCUACCAGAUCAAACGGCUAUCGUGCUCCAGAAUCACAGACACCUAAUAGUCGGAAACUCUCCCAUAAGUCUGAUGUGUAUUCUUUUGGUGUUCUUCUGCUGGAAUUGUUAACUGGGAAAUGUGCCUCAAUGGCAGGGGAUAAUGGUGGCUAUUGUGGCGUAGUAGAUUUGCCACGAUGGGUCCAAUCAGUUGUGAGGGAGGAAUGGACUGCAGAGGUGUUUGAUUUGGAGCUGCUAAGGUACAAGGGAGUCGAGGAGGAGAUGGUUAGAUUAUUACAGAUCGCAAUGGCUUGUACUUCAGAGUUACCUGAUCAGCGCCCCACAAUGAAUUCAGUGCUAAAAAUGAUAGAAGAGAUUCGCGGUCUUGAGGUCUCUCCAUCCCACGACUCAGUUUCAGACUCCCCUGCUGUCGCUCCUUGAUGUUAUGUUACCUAGUUGAUGAUCUUCAAAUUAUUUCGAGUACUGUAAAAAUUAGCUGGUGUUCCUUCAUCUUGUUUUCAUAAACAAGGUUCUUACUUCUUAGGUA